UUUGUGAUCGUUGGUCAUGCAGUUGGCACGUCAUCACUGAUUUGUGUGUUGCGACAAAUAGAGUUGCUAGAGUCGAAAAUUGAAUAGAAUUGUUGGUACAUUGUGUAUUGAAACUUAUUGUGUUGUGAAGUGCAACUGCAAUGUUCGUAUCGAAAGCAUUAUAGAAACCUAUCAAUUAAUAAUACUGGGAUUUGGUAACAUUUAUGAGAUAUGGCCGCAUCCCACAUACUGAGCGCAGUGGAGCCAACUGUGGGCGGUGGAGGAUCGAGAGCUGGUCGGGAAAGGGAAGUCAACGUGGCUCUGGACGACCGAGAACUAUGGGUCCGGUUCCAAACACUCACCAAUGAGAUGAUUGUAACAAAAAAUGGCAGGCGAAUGUUCCCCGUAGUAAAAGUAACUGCCAGCGGUUUGGACCCCACGGCUAUGUAUACUGUUCUGCUUGAGUUCGUACAAGUUGAUAGCCAUCGAUGGAAAUAUGUUAAUGGAGAGUGGGUCCCUGGAGGUAAGGCAGAAGUACCACCAUCGAAUGCAAUAUAUAUUCAUCCAGAAAGUCCAAACUUUGGAGCGCAUUGGAUGAAAGAGCCUAUAUCAUUUGCUAAAGUCAAGCUCACCAACAAAACAAAUGGCAAUGGACAGAUUAUGUUGAAUUCUCUUCACAAAUAUGAACCACGAGUUCAUCUGGUGAAAGUUGGCACUGAUUUGCGUCGCAUUAUGACAUACCCUUUUCCUGAGACACAGUUUAUUGCUGUUACUGCGUAUCAGAAUGAAGAGGUGACGUCACUGAAGAUUAAAUAUAACCCGUUCGCUAAAGCUUUCCUCGACGCUAAGGAAAGACCGGAAGGCUAUUACCAAAGGGACUUCGUUGGUACUCACUACCCGCAACAGAGUUCAUCUCCGCAUCAAUAUCCACAAUUUGGUGGAUGGUUUGUCACAUCGCAGCCCUUAUAUGGAAGUGGGAACAGCGCAUCUAGGAGACCAGCGCCUUAUCCACCAAGACCUCCAUCACGACCCAGAACAUUGUCACCACCUUCAACAUACAGUAACGCUGAGAGAACAGUAGCCGUGUCAAACACCAGCGGCAGUUAUACUUGGGCCGGCAGCAGUACAUACUGGAGCCAAGGGAACAGCUCACCACAGCCCAACACCUCUCCAACACCGUAUAGGACACCUCCUCACGCGUACCCAGCUCCGAUAGAAUACUCAUCAGCUCCUACGAGCACUGCCGCUCCAGCAUCAGCCCCCGCUGCCUUAUACCCGCUGCAGUAUGAUACACCAACUCAGCAUCAUUCCUCGUAUUACCAGCAUGCAUAUGCACCAUACCACCAUCCGAUUGAAGAGAUAUCAUAUUGGCCUAAUAGUUUGAACGGCUACGGAUACCAGCCCUCCGAGUAUGUUGGCACAGGGGAAAUAGCAUACUCAGCGGAAGGCAUACCAUUCACAACCAGCGGAGCUCCACUUGAACCAAAUCCGUCCAACCACGAAGAUCGGUCUACUCCACAGGGCUCCGAACAUCAAGCUGGUGAAAGAGAAUAUAAAUAUAAUACUGAAGAUGAACGCCAUUCUCCUUGCGAAGAUACUAACCUACCACCUCGGUCACCUCCGCAGUGAUGCAUCAGUUAAUCUAAAAUUUCUAGAAUAAUUAUUAUGAUUUAUUUGAUCAUCAUCAUCAGCCGGAUGACGUCCACUGCUGGACACAGGCCUCCCCCAAAGAUCUCCACGAUGAUCGGUCCUGCGCUGUCCUCAUCCAACGUAUUCCGGCGAUCUUGACCAGAUAGUGGGUCCAUCUUGUGGGGGUCCUACCAACAUUGCGUCUUCCGGUACGUGGUCGCCAUUCGAGGACUUUUUUGCCCCACCGGCCAUCUGUCUGUCGAACUAUGUGCCCCGCCCACUGCCACUUCAGUUUCGCAAUCAUUUGGGCUUAGUCGGUGACUUUGGUUCUCCUACGGAUCUUCUCAUUUCUGUUUCGACCUCGCAGGGAAUCUCCAAGCACAGCCCUCCCCAUUACCCUCUGAGUGACCACGUCUACGUACCAUAGCAUAAUAGCGGACCAAUAAAUUCAUAUAUUAUGUAAGUACUUUAAUUAUACUUUGUCGUAUUUACUUAGGAAAAUAAAUAAAAUUGUAAAUAAUAUAUUAUAUUAGAAAUGGUAUUUACUGAAAAUAUUUUUUUAACUCAUUUGUCACACAAAAACAAUACCUAAAACAAAGAGAAUUAAAUCGAAUUGAACGUAAAUGUAAAGACCUCUUAGGCGGAAAUCUAUACAGCGUACAUAGACUUUGCUCAGAGUUUACUUACGUAAAAAUUUGCUGAGUGUCUUCUGUCUUACGUUUUUUGAUUUCGUUUUUAUAGUCAUUUGACAGCUAU